AUGGACAUCGUGGCUUUUUAUCAAGAUAACAAUGAAAAUCCAGACGAUAAUGCAUUCAAGAAGUUCCACUUCGAUAACAACAGCUCAAGCGGUUCCAUAGGUAACACCCAUGGGGGAAGUGACACUCCCCCUAUGACUCCCAGCUCUGCUUUCCAAAAUAACAACCCUGCAAGUCCAAGUUUGGAACAGCAAACUGAUAUUAGUGCAGCUCAAACAACCCCCAUCCAACAACAUCCUGAUGAAAAGAUUCCACAUGCACCAAGAACCCCUAAUGCAAACUAUGAAAAUCAGUUCAUUCCUAGCAGACCAGCUCCUAAACCACCUUCGGCACAACCAACCCCUCAACAAAAGCCCGUGGCAUUGGCAGCUAAGGCAGCUCCAAGUCAACCUUCGUCUUCUGCUCCAGCUCCCCCAGAAGUGCAAAGAAAAAAAUCAGGACAACAACCAGUUCGUGAUGCUAAGCAGGCAGCACUUUUAGCACAGAAGAAACGUGAAGACAAGAAGAGGAAGAAUCAGCAGAUCAUCACUAAAUUGAAGUCAAUUUGUAGUGAAGGAGAUCCUACUGAACUUUACACCGACUUAAAUAAGAUUGGUCAAGGUGCUUCUGGAGGUGUAUACAUUGCACAUGAGAACGGUGAGAAAACUAGAACUGUUGCGAUCAAACAAAUGAAUUUGGAACAACAGCCAAAGAAAGAACUUAUCAUUAAUGAAAUUUUAGUCAUGAAGGGAAGUAAACAUCCUAACAUUGUCAAUUUUAUAGAUUCGUUCUUGGUGAAAGGAGAUUUGUGGGUUAUUAUGGAGUACAUGGAAGGAGGAUCAUUGACAGAAAUCGUUACGCAUAGUGUCAUGACUGAAGGACAAAUCGGUGCAGUUUGUCGUGAAACAUUAAAGGGGUUGAAGUUUUUGCACUCUAAGGGUGUCAUCCAUCGUGAUAUAAAGUCGGACAACAUCUUGUUGAAUAUUGAUGGUAACAUCAAGAUGACUGAUUUUGGAUUCUGCGCCCAAAUUAAUGAGAUUAAUUUGAAGAGAACCACCAUGGUGGGUACCCCCUAUUGGAUGGCCCCCGAAGUUGUUUCCAGAAAAGAAUAUGGUCCUAAGGUUGAUAUUUGGUCCUUGGGUAUCAUGAUUAUCGAGAUGAUAGAGGGAGAGCCCCCAUACUUGAACGAAACUCCGUUAAGGGCCUUGUACUUGAUUGCCACUAAUGGUACUCCUAGAUUGAAGGAGCCAGAAGCAUUGAGUUACGAUAUCAGGAAGUUUUUGUCUUGGUGUUUGCAAGUGGAUUUUAACAAGAGAGCCAACGCCGAUGAAUUAUUGGCAGAUAGAUUUAUCGAAGAAAGUGAUGAUGUUUCUUCGUUGAGUCCUUUGGUGAAGAUUGCCAGGAUGAAGAAGGACAAUGAGCCUAACGAAGACUAG